AUGAGUUUUCUUAUUAAAACAGCCAAGACUCUGAGGAAUCAUUGGAAAAAGUCAACUUUUUUUUUCUGUGUUGCCGUCUAUGGUGCCAAGUAUGCAAACGAUCGCCACAAUGAUAACCUUUUGAGGAGACAAUAUUGUGAGGAAGCAAAGAAAUAUGGAGAAGAGAAAAUCCAGCUUGGUCACAGACCAAGGAGGGUGACAGUGUUCUUAAACCCAGCAGCUCAUGGAGGGAAGGCAAGAAAAUUGUUUGAGAAAACAGCUGCCCCAAUUCUCUACCUUGCAGGAAUAGAAGUCAAUGUGGUGUCAACAGAGUAUGAAGGACAGGUGAAGAGUUUUAUGUCAGUCUUAGACACUACAGAUACUGAUGCUGUUGUUGUUGCUGGUGGCAAUGGGACAGUUCUAGAGGCUGUAACUGGCUUCCUGAGAAAAGAAGACAGGAGUUUUAGUGAGAACAUUCCUCUUGGUGUCAUCCCCCUUGGCAGCUCAAAUCUCAUCUUCAGAAUUUUGUUCGGACUGGAUUUGAAGGAAGUUCGAGCAUUAGCAGAAUCUGCCAUUGCUGUAGUCAGGGCUGUAACACAGAAAGUUGAUGUCAUUAAGCUGGACGGAGGUGAAAGUAAAACCAUUUAUGCCAUGACUGGGUUGGAAGCUGGAGCUUACAGGGAUGCAGAAGAAAGGAAAACAAAGUACUGGUAUUUUGGCCCACUGAAGUCUCGCUGGACAUACCUACGUACAGCCAUGAAAGAGUGGCCUCCAGUAUUCAAGGCAACAAUCUCAUACAUUGAGGCAACAGAAGAAAACAUGAGCAGCAGUGACAGUUCUGAAGCCUUGAAAUCAAAUAAAUAUAGCCUGGGUUGGAGUUUUGUCAGUCUUCUGUUUGGAAAGAAACAGAAUGAGAUCAAAGAUGCUGAUAGGAAAGCAAAACAGUUAGCACAAGAUCAAGAAGAUGAGAAAAACAGAAUCACCAAAGACAUUUCCACAGUGGAACUGACAGUAACAACCACCAGUCUAGCAAGCAAUACAUCACCUGUGAAAGCUCUUCAAGUAAGUCUGGGACCCAGUGAGCCUACAAAGACACAGUUGAUAAAUGAAGGAUGGAGAAGAAUUAAAAAGUCUGGCUUUGAAAUGGGUUCAGCAGAAGAUGAGAGAUUAGUUGUCAAGAAAGUACACAUUGAACCUAAAGAAGAGGGUCAGUGGUAUAACAUUGAUGGGGAAUCAUUUGAGGCCAUGCCGGUGGAGAUUUCACUGUUGCGGAACAAGCUGAAUUUCUUUUGUCCACAAAACACCAACAGUGACAGAUAA